AUGUCUACAAUGCCUGCAUCUAUUAAAUGGAGUUCGCCCCUUCUGCAAAACCGCCUGGCAACACAAAGUAGUGGUAAAGAUUGUUUUCGCAAUGAAGCUCUUCAAUGUGCGGCUUCCAUUAUGCGAAGUGAAGCAGCCCGUGUGGAUGGACGUCUCUGUGAAGAUUUUGGUGCUAUUUUACGUGGGAAUACAGUCUACAUUCGCCGCUUUAUCUCUGAUGAGGAUGAUUUGACAUUGUAUAAUCGUUUAAAGGCAGAGUUAGUGGCUGCGACUGGGGCAAAGAUGUCACUUGAUGGUGGAUUAAUUGAAUGGAGUCGACAUCAAAUAUUUGAAAAUCCGACAGGUAUUAGUCCUGUAUUUAAUGAAAUUAUUGAUAUGCUAGCGGAGUAUUUUGAUAUUGAUGUGUAUGCAACUAGAUUAAAUUACUACCGUGAUGGACAACAGUGGAAGCCACAACAUCAUGAUAGUCAUGCCUAUGGAAGUAGUAUUAAAAACAAUGGAAAUGGAAAUGCUGAAGGAGAAAAGUUAAAGGAAGAUUUCACCGUUGGUAUCACACUUGGUGCUACUCGAAGUCUUCUUUUUAUACAUGAGUCAUCUGGAUAUAAAUUUGAGUUUCCACAACGUAAUGGUGACUGUUUUGCCUUUACAGGUGAGGUAAAUACAACCUUUACUCAUGGUGUACCUCGUGUGAAUACACCAAUAGGUGAUCGCUUUAGUAUUAUUGCUUGGGGUCGUCGUCGGACGUUAAAUGAACGUAAUGGAGGAAAGCCGGCAGAAUCUAUAGUGCGACUGCAGGACGGCAGAGAAGUGCAGACAGUGGAGGAUGCUAUUCGGGCAGCACAGCAACUGGUCUCACGUUCAGCUACAACAUCCACAAAUGUUGGGGUAACUGAAGUUGCAAAAAAGAAAAAGAAAAAUCGACUACAAUAG